AUGGAUGACACGUAUUUAGACGUUACGGCCGACUAUGUCGAUGAGUGUAAAAUAACGCAGAUGAAUUAUCAUUCGUUCACUCCGUACUCAAACAUGUCUUUAUCAAAUAAUGAUGAAAUAAGGAUAAGUAUUUUAAAUAUGGAUUCGUACACUUUACCGUGUGAAAGUUAUAUUUACAUCGAGGGAAAAGUAAAUAAACCCACCGAUGCUGUUGGAGAUGUUCGUUUUUCAAAUAACGGAUUGGCAUUUUUAUUCUCCGAAAUGCGAUAUGAAAUAAACGGUGUAGAAAUACAAAAAUUAAAAUCACCGGGAAUUUCCUCUUGUUUGAAAGCAUACUGCUCGUAUUCUCCAAACGAUUUGAAUACUCUAGAGAGCGCUGCUUGGGACUCGGCCAUGGAUAGUGAAGAUAAUAAAAAUUUUAUGACCGACAAUGUAUUUACCGGGUGUAUCCCUCUAAAACAUUUAUUCGGAUUCUGUGAAGACUAUAAAAAAAUAUUACUUAAUUGUAAUCAGCAACUGAUUUUAAAUCGUGCAUCUACCGACCUGGAUGCGAUACAUGUUGUUGGCAAAGGUGCAACCGAGGCCGUUGAAAAAAAUAAAAAAAUUACAAUCGAACUUACUAAGGUGGUUUGGAAGAUGCCAAUUAUCAGAGUCAGUGAUAAAGAAAAAUUAAGACUGAUAAAAGUAAUAGAUUCGCGUAAAACACUGUCGUGUGCUUUUCGUACAUGGGAUCUUUGUGAGUAUCCGGUACUUCCGAAAAAUUCUUCUCAUUCGUGGACGGUAAAGUCCAGCAGCUUGCUAGAAAAACCGAGAUUUGUGCUGUUUGGAUUACAGACAGAUCGAAAAAAAAAGUAUUGA